AUGGCUGGUACCAACGUAUUCUUCUCUUACGACCUCUGCCUUGCAAUGUUCAUGUCCACAGCCUGGGGUGCCGCAUUGAUUGUGAAACCCGUCGACAGAAUCGCCGUAGAUGAUGUUUCGGCAAGUACCACAAGCCCAGCCGAUAAAUGGAGACCGUCAGCGCGGCACAACUGUGGAACACGGCAGAGCAACGGCCAAUCACAUGUUAUGGACUCUGCAUGGCAUUCCCGUUUCGGCAUCCAGUACAUCGGAAACAAGCAGCAGGAACCGGAACACUCAGCCAUGGGGAUGACCAACGUAGCACAAAUGUCUUCUUGA